AUGAAGACAGGUGAUGAAGAUGAGAAAAAAGGAAUUUGUCGAUUGGUGACAGGAAAUGGUCAAAAAGGCUUUCACCUGCUCAUCAUCAAACCAUGGAGAGAGUCAUUGACAUUCCUUGAAGAGUUCAUAAAAUCCUCCUCUAGUGAGACCCAAGAUGAUGUUAGUACCACCAGUAGAGAGUCUAACAACAGCUCCAACAGCAAUAGCAACACCAGUCUUCCAAGCAUUGCUGCCACAUCUGCACUGAACAUCCCCACCUCGACAAUGGCGGCGACGGCUAACGUCCGCCUGCCCAUUUCGGACAAGAGGGCCCUCUUUCAAGAGAAAGUGCGGCAGAGUAACGAAGCGUGUCAGAACGCAGACUUCCAGCGAGCCAUACGCCUCUACACUGAAGCACUGGACCUGGAUCCAGCCAAUCAUAUAUUGUACAGUAACCGCUCGGCAGCGCAUGUGAAGUUGAAAGAUUACGAGAGGGCACUCACGGAUGCGAUCAAGGCCAGGGAACUAAAUCCAAAGUGGCCAAAGGGUAGCCACUUCAGUUGUAAGCUGCUCUUUCGCAGGAGGCACUGUGUAACAGGCCGAGUGCCUGGCAAGAAGGCAGAAGGGCCCACCUUCAUACGUCUUCUAUAUGAAUCAGCCGGGAUUGAACCUUCUGUUGACGAGGAGGGAUCUUUAAACACUGACCAGUGACCACCAUGCCAAGUGUGACUUCCUUCAAUUUCUUUAGUUUUAGCUCAUCGAAUGAGGACUGUGGCUACAUGUAAUUUCAUUCAGAUUUUUUUCUUCUCAUCUUUGCAAGAGCUUCACUGUCUCAUAGACAUUAAAAACAAAUUGUGUUGCAUCUGUUUCUUAUUUCAAUGGUUAACUCAGUUUAAACUAGUUAAACAAAUGAUUGAAAUUAAUGAUUAAAAAAAUCAAAAUUCUGCAUUUACAUGUAUUGCAUCACUUGUCCGAGACAACAUGAGAACAUAUAAAAUAUGGCAGCAGUGCUUAUUUUUAGCUCCAGUAUCACAGCAAUCACAAAUGAACUUUGACACCUUCAUACUGUGCAUUAAACCUAUUUGAUGGUUGAAAUGACAGGUGGUAUAUUAGUGACAAGCCUAACUACCUCACUUAUUCCAUAACUAGGUCUUUUGAUUCAUGCUGAUUUCUAUUUGUAGGGAGAGAGAGCAUAAUGAUGGGGCAAAACAAACGUGUGUACCUGUGUGGAUAACGAAAAAGGCCAAGUUCAAAAUGUUUUAAGACAAUAUAUUUCUUUACUUCUUCCUGAUCUACAUGUAUGCUCGCCAUAACUCAAAGGAUACCCCUGUGACCGAUUGGUAUCAAAUGAUACACAUAAAUCUUGAGCUGCAAUUCAUCUAGAACGUUUAGAGUUUGAUAAUGUUCCCUUGCCUUUUCUGAAAACUAGAUCUUUAUGGCUCUGUAUCUACAUGUACAUGUACAUCUGACACUGCCUUUGAUUGUCUCAUUUUCAAACUUUACUUUUUAUUCUAUAGUCUUCGACUGAAUCACUGAAAUUCCACACCUUCAGAAUGUUGACACAAGCAUCCAUAAAUAUAUUUGUUCAAACAUUUCACAAUAGACUCCCUUUCGUCAUAAUCAAAUUGCCCGGUCUCAAACUCCACCCCAUACAAAGUUACAGUAGCGGCAAGCAUGUGACCCCGUACCGAAUCCAUUGGUACAGAGUUGUGCCAGAAGCGACAGCCCUCUGCCACUGCUCAUAAAAAAUUGAACACAUAUUGAGCAGAGUUUAUAUAUGUUGCCGUGGUAAUGACCCUUCGCCUAAAGGGGACUCCCUUGCAAGUACUGUACUGGCUUGCUAGAUCUUUGUCUCUUUCUCCCUCUCUCCCUUUGUUUCGUAAGAAGGGCAGUCGAGGUAUAUCCAGAGUCAAGUAGGUUGGUUAGGAGAAAUAGGUUCAUAAUCAACAUUAUUCAAAGAAAAUGCAUUUCAAUUGAAAGUUUGAAUCAAAUUUAUAAGUAAUUGUAUAAUUAUUUGCCUAAGCAUAUCACAAAUUUUAGAGUUACAUGUAGAUCUGAAAUUACAAUAGAGGAGUAAAGUGCAUGUUGAUCACAUCAUUUUCUGUUUUACAUAUAGUUCUUUUAAUUCAUCUUCGGGUAUGUCUAAAGUCAUUUUUAGCAACAAAACAACUACAGAACACAGGAUAAUGAUCUUAAAAUUUAAAUAGUAGCAUAGUACAUUUUAAGUUUAUGUAUGCAGAUUUUUCAUUUUUUUCCAUACAUGCUAAAGUGCCUUUCCCUCUGAAUUUGAGUUGUGUCUACAUCAUUUCAAUUAGAAUAAUUUUGAAUUUUAUUUAGAUAUUGUGAGAUUUAGUUAUUUCAUUGGAUUCCCUAAGUGAUUAGUAUGAAAUCUUAAAUGAAAAUCCACAACAACCAUACUGAAACAAUUGUUGACAUGUAGUCUUGACUUGGAGUCAUUGGUCUGACAAAAUUUGAAUACAGAGUACCCGGUAUGCACCUCUACACCACUUAUUUUCAAGUUUAGAGUUACCCAUGAAAUCUGCAAACAAUACCUCAUACAUUAAUAAUGAGAACAUUUAUAUUGUUGUGUUACGUGUAUCUUAUUGCAGUUACUGAUUUUUCUUUAGAACUUUGGCCACCAAAAGGUUUGAACUAUUGUCAAUUACAAUAUUACAGACUUUCUUGUGGACAAUCAGUGGUCUUUAAAUGUACAUGUAGCUUUUAGCCACUUUCUUUCUGUGUUUGGGGCUUUGUUUCAUAUUUGUGCUGAUUUGUUUAUAAAGCUCACCAGGGACAAAAUAUAAUGUGAUUUUAUUCUAUCAUUGUUGUUGUGUGGCUACAUUAAGUUAACUGACCUACAUGUAGAUUCUGUUUCAUUUACUUUAUUGAGAAACAUUUUUUUUUCAUUGUCUAGUAAAUAAAAUAAAGGGGGCUCUCCUCACCAAUGAAUAAACAAGAUUGUGUCUAAUAUAGUACAUAUUUAAAUGAGAUAUGAUACCACUGUUGAAUUAAGUUUUCAGAAAAAAUAUUGAGUUGAUCUUCCUUGUCAAUGGAUGUCUGUUUCAACACCUUCUGGUACAUAGUAAAAAUUUCAUUGAGACCAACUUCAAAUGAUAUAUUUCAAAAUGAUAGCCACUGACAUUGUUGACAAUUUUUUUUUUAAAGUUUGUACUAAGCCUGAGUCGAAUCGAUUUUAAAAUCGAUGUUCGAUCGAUGUCAUCGAACGCCGGUGCAGAUUUUGCAAAAUCGGUGCAUCGAAAAAAAAAAAAAAAUACGUCGGCCGGCCGAUUCAUUUGGUUCACACAAUCAGACAUCAAAAUAAACAGUAAUAUCCAACUUGACUACUACUUACUUCAUUUAUAUUGCCCCCAAAAUGAAACCGAUUGUGUAAUUAUGAUGCCUAUUCACCAUUAAUUUGAAGUUUAUUUCGAUCAUAGUUCGAGUCUUACUCGUCUGCCCGGCUCGUCUGCUCGUGCCGAGAUAAUUUAUGCACGAUGAAUUUAUGAAUGGAAGUCGCCAUUCAUCGUGCAUGCGCAGUACCGUACUGUCAAUCAUAUCAGAAAAUGGCCGGAAAAUUGAUGCGAUCAACGUAAAGUAUAUCUUGCUUUUCAUGAACAAUAUUAAUAUCAUGACCAUAGAACAUGAUUUAAUCGUAAUAUUUAACAAUAAUUUGCAUAUGAUAAUCAUUAAUAUGAACUUAGAGCUUGAUGUGAAACGUUUGUAUUUCGUUUAAAUUUUCAAUGGCGGACAUCACAUGACGAUCGACUUGAGUGAGUGCA